CUUAUUAAUAAAAUCAAAUCCGAUCCCCCCCACCCCAACCCGAAUCAUGGAGGCUGCGGCCGCCAGAGUGCCGCUGCCGCGGGCCCCUGCCCACUAGCCGGGGACCAACAGGUAAACUGUUGGGGGGUGGGGUGGGAGGAGGAGCUGCGGCUGGGGGGGAGGAGCCUGAGAUGCCGGCGGGCGGGCUGCCGGGGUCGGCGCUCACAGCCUACCCUCCUCACCCUCUUUCCCCAGCCCCUGGAGGGGCAGCAAAGGGUUAAGUCGGCCCCGCGCCACCGUGAGCACGGCCCCCUCCAGCCGCCGAGACCGCCAGCUGCGCGCCUCGGCGCCUGCCCGGAGCCGCCGAUGCGCCACCGGAGCCCAGCGGGCGUCUAGGAGGCACCCGCGGCUUCCCCACCGUCCGCAUCUCUGCCUCCCCCAUCCCCUCCAGGCCUCUCCGCCGGAGUCGAGUCCGCGCCCAGCGCCACAGCGAGCGAGCGAGCGAGGAGGGGGAGAGACGGAGUCUGUCUGCAAAGUGCUGCUCCCUGGUGCUCAGAGGCGGCUGCUCCAGCUCCAACUCUCAUUCAUUUCGCCGGUUAACAUGAGAGAUCAUGGCCGCCUUCGGGCUUCUCAGCUAUGAGCAGAGACCACUGAAACGUCCCCGGCUUGGGCCGCCGGACGUCUACCCGCAGGACCCUAAGCAGAAGGAGGAUGAACUUACCGCUGUGAAUGUAAAGCAAGGCUUCAACAAUCAGCCGGCCUUCACGGGAGAUGAGCACGGCUCAGCCAGGAAUAUUGUAAUUAACCCAUCAAAGAUUGGAGCUUAUUUUAGCAGCAUAUUAGCCGAGAAACUAAAACUUAACACUUUCCAGGACACCGGAAAGAAGAAACCACAAGUUAAUGCUAAAGAUAAUUAUUGGCUGGUUACUGCUCGAUCCCAGAGUGCAAUUCAUAGUUGGUUCUCUGACUUAGCAGGAAAUAAACCACUUGCUAUUUUAGCAAAAAAGGAGCUGCCUCUGACCAAGUCAGGUGUUCCUCAGGUUCCGAUCCUUAGUAAAAAAGAAGAUGUUUUUGCAUAUUUAGCUAAAUAUUCAGUGCCAAUGGUUCGAGCGACAUGGCUAAUUAAGAUGACCUGUGCCUAUUAUUCUGCUAUUUCUGAAGCUAAAAUUAAGAAACGUCAGGCUACAGACCCCAAUUUGGAGUGGACGCAGAUAUCUACCAGAUAUCUUCGAGAGCAGUUGGCGAAGAUUUCCGAUUUUUACCACAUGGCUUCCAGCACAGGGGACGGCCCUGUCCCUGUGCCACCAGAUGUGGAGCAAGCCAUGAAACAAUGGGAGUACAACGAAAAGCUGGCAUUUCACAUGUUCCAGGAAGGAAUGCUAGAAAAACACGAAUAUUUGACAUGGAUCUUGGAUGUUUUAGAAAAGAUCAGACCAAUGGAUGAUGAUCUUCUUAAACUCUUGUUACCACUAAUGCUGCAGUACUCGGAUGAAUUUGUUCAGUCGGCCUACCUGUCGCGUCGUCUUGCCUACUUUUGUGCUCGGCGUCUCGCCUUGCUGCUGAGCGAUAGCCCCAACCUCCUUCCUGCCCACUCGCCCCACAUGAUGAUUGGACCAAACAGCGCGAGCAUCGGGGCCCCGAGCCCCGGCCCCGCCGGCCCCGGCAUGAGCCCCGUGCAGCUGGCCUUCUCAGACUUCAUUUCCUGUGCACAGCACGGCCCCCUGGUAUACGGACUUAGCUGUAUGUUGCAGACUGUCACUCUCUGUUGCCCAAGUGCCUUGGUGUGGAAUUAUUCCACAAACGACAAUAAGAGCGCGAACCCAGGCUCGCCCCUGGAUCUGCUGCAGGUGGCCCCCUCCCGCCUCCCCAUGCCGGGCGGGAACACGGCUUUCAAUCAGCAGGUUCGAGCAAGGAUUUAUGAGGCAGAACAGCAGAUAAAACAAAGAGGCCGUGCAGUGGAAGUUCGGUGGUCUUUUGACAAGUGCCAGGAGUCAACAGCAGGGGUGACCAUUAGUCGGGUUUUGCACACGUUGGAAGUGUUGGAUCGGCACUGUUUUGACCGAACUGAUUCCAGCAAUUCAAUGGAGACACUUUAUCAUAAGAUUUUCUGGGCAAACCAAAACAAAGAUAACCAAGAGGUUGCCCCCAACGAUGAAGCUGUGGUGACGCUGUUGUGUGAAUGGGCUGUGAGCUGUAAAAGGUCCGGCAAGCACAGGGCCAUGGCCGUGGCCAAACUCUUGGAGAAGAGGCAAGCGGAGAUCGAGGCAGAGAGAUGUGGUGAGUCAGAGGUCUUAGAUGAGAAGGAGUCCAUUUCUUCAGCCUCUCUUGCUGGAUCGAGUUUGCCUGUUUUUCAAAAUGUUCUGCUAAGGUUUUUAGAUACACAGGCCCCCUCACUGUCGGAUCCAAACAGUGAAUGUGAAAAGGUGGAAUUUGUGAAUCUGGUGCUGCUCUUCUGUGAGUUCAUCCGACAUGAUGUCUUCUCGCACGACGCAUACAUGUGCACCCUCAUAUCUCGAGGAGACUUGUCAGUCACCGCCUCCACUCGGCCCCGGUCGCCAGCAGGAGAGAAUGCAGAUGAGCACUAUCCAAAGGACCAUGACGUAAAAAUGGAGGAACAGACUAUUAUGGCACAUAUGGGCCUUGACUCAGGAACUACUCAUAUUUUUGAUGAAGUAGACAAGAGUGACUUUAAAACUGACUUUGGUUCGGAAUUUCCAAUUUUUUCUCCCAUGCCUGGAGAGUCCUGUGACAAUGCCAACCCUUCUUUGGGUAGAAGAAUGUCGGUUAAUGGUGAGAAGUUGCUGAAGAGAGAAAAACCGAGAGAGUUGAUUUUUCCAUCUAAUUAUGACCUCCUGCGACACCUGCAGUAUGCAACACAUUUUCCCAUACCUCUGGAUGAAUCUUCAAGUCAUGAAUGUAACCAGCGCACAAUCCUUCUGUACGGAGUGGGCAAAGAGCGUGACGAAGCGAGACAUCAGCUGAAGAAGAUUACCAAAGAUAUUUUGAAAAUCCUAAAUAAGAAGAGCACCACAGAGACAGGGGUUGGAGAUGAAGGACAAAAAGCUAGGAAGAACAAACAGGAAGCAUUUCCAACCUUGGAGACUGUGUUCACAAAGCUUCAACUCCUUUCAUAUUUUGAUCAGCAUCAAGUGACAUCUCAGAUCUCCAACAAUGUGCUGGAACAAAUCACUAGUUUUGCAUCAGGGACAUCCUAUCACCUCCCGUUGGCUCAUCAUAUUCAGCUCAUCUUUGACCUCAUGGAGCCAGCACUGAACAUCAACGGACUAAUUGACUUCGCAAUACAGCUACUAAAUGAGCUGAGUGUGGUAGAAGCCGAACUGCUCCUGAAAUCCUCCAGCCUGGCCGGAAGUUACACGACGGGUCUGUGUGUCUGCAUCGUGGCUGUUCUCAGGCGGUACCACAGCUGUCUGAUCCUGAAUCCUGACCAGACAGCCCAGGUGUUCGAAGGGUUGUGUGGUGUGGUAAAGCAUGUCGUGAACCCCUCAGAAUGUUCUUCUCCCGAAAGAUGCAUCUUAGCCUACCUCUAUGAUCUCUACGUGUCAUGUAGCCACCUCAGAAGUAAAUUUGGAGACCUCUUCAGUAGUGCCUGUUCAAAAGUUAAGCAAACCAUAUAUAAUAAUGUGAUGCCUGCAAAUUCUAACUUGCGAUGGGAUCCGGACUUCAUGAUGGAUUUCAUUGAGAAUCCUUCAGCCCGGAGCAUCAACUACUCAAUGCUGGGCAAGAUCCUUAGUGACAACGCGGCCAACCGCUACAGCUUCGUCUGCAAUACACUCAUGAAUGUCUGUAUGGGCCACCAGGAUGCUGGGAGGAUUAACGACAUAGCCAAUUUCUCCUCCGAGCUGACAGCUUGCUGCACUGUCCUCAGUUCAGAAUGGCUGGGAGUUCUGAAGGCGCUUUGUUGUUCUUCAAAUCACGUGUGGGGAUUUAAUGAUGUUCUUUGCACUGUGGAUGUGAGUGACCUUUCAUUCCAUGAUUCAUUAGCUACUUUCAUUGCUAUUCUGAUAGCACGACAGUGUUUUUCCCUGGAGGACGUCGUGCAGCACGUGGCACUCCCCUCUCUCCUCGCAGCAGCUUGUGGAGAUGCUGACGCCGAGCCCGGGGCGAGGAUGACCUGCCGACUCCUGCUCCACCUUUUCCGAGCUCCCCAGGCCUGCUUAUUGCCUCAAGCGACUGGCAAACCCUGCCCGGGAAUCAGAUCAUCUUGUGAUAGACACCUCUUAGCGGCUGCUCACAACAGCAUCGAAGUGGGAGCUGUGUUUGCUGUUUUGAAAGCGAUUAUGAUGCUUGGAGAUGCCAAAAUUGGCAAUAACAAUGUCAGCUCUUUAAAGAAUGAUGACUUCACCAUGAGGACUUUACGGCGUGAUGGAAAUGCUGAUGAUAUCUGGGCUGCCUCACAAAAUUCAAAAUCCUGUGGGAAAAGCAUUUCCAUAGAAACUGCCAAUUUAAGAGAAUACGCUAGAUAUGUACUGAGGACCAUCUGUCAACAGGAAUGGGUAGGAGAACAUUGCUUAAAAGAACCUGAAAGAUUAUGCACAGACAAAGAGCUUAUAUUGGACCCUGUGCUUUCCAAUAUGCAAGCACAGAAGUUAUUGCAGCUUAUCUGUUAUCCUCAUGGCAUUAAAGAGUGUACCGAGGGGGACAACCUGCAAAGACAGCACAUUAAACGCAUUCUUCAGAAUCUUGAGCAGUGGACACUGAGGCAGUCCUGGCUAGAACUUCAGUUAAUGAUUAAACAGUGCCUGAAGGACCCUGGCUCUGGCUCUGUAGCUGAAAUGAACAACUUACUGGACAACAUUGCAAAGGCAACCAUAGAGGUAUUCCAGCAGUCUGCAGACCUUAACAACAGCUCCUCCAAUUCCGGCGUGGGCCUCUUCCACCCAAGCGGGAUCGGUAGUACUGAUACUAGUAGCACGAGACAGAAUGGAAUAAAGACCUUGCUAAGUUCCUCUGAACGCAGGGGUGUAUGGCUGGUGGCCCCCCUCAUUGCCAGACUGCCGACAUCUGUGCAAGGACGAGUAUUAAAAGCUGCCGGGGAGGAACUAGAGAAGGGACAGCACUUGGGUUCUUCUUCAAAAAAGGAAAGAGACAGACAAAAACAGAAAAGUAUGUCUCUUCUGAGUCAACAGCCAUUCCUCUCACUGGUCCUUACCUGCCUUAAGGGACAAGAUGAACAACGAGAAGGCCUCCUAACAUCUCUCCAGAAUCAAGUUAAUCAGAUCUUAAGUAACUGGAGAGAAGAACGAUACCAAGAUGAUAUAAAAGCACGGCAGAUGAUGCAUGAAGCAUUGCAACUCCGCCUAAAUUUGGUGGGAGGAAUGUUUGACACCGUGCAGCGGAGCACCCAGUGGACAACAGACUGGGCCCUCCUCCUCCUUCAGAUCAUUACUUCCGGGACCGUUGACAUGCACACUAACAGUGAAUUAUUCACAACAGUUCUUGACAUGCUGGGUGUUUUAAUCAAUGGAACACUAGCCUCUGACCUAUCAAACGCAUCUCCAGGGGGUUCUGAAGAGAAUAAACGCGCAUACAUGAACUUAGUGAAGAAACUGAAAAAAGAGCUAGGAGACAAGCGGUCAGAAAGUAUUGACAAAGUUCGACAGUUACUACCUUUGCCAAAACAGACAUGUGAUGUCAUCACUUGUGAACCUAUGGGUUCCUUGAUUGACACAAAGGGAAACAAAAUUGCUGGAUUCGACUCUAUAGAUAAAAAACAGGGUCUCCAGGUCUCUACAAAGCAGAAGGUGUCCCCAUGGGAUUUGUUUGAGGGUCAGAAGAACCCAGCCCCUCUGUCCUGGGCCUGGUUUGGGACAGUCCGAAUGGACCGGAAGGUGAUCAAGUAUGAGGAGCAGCAUCACCUCCUUUUGUAUCACACGCACCCCAUGCCCAAGCCCCGAAGUUACUACCUCGAGCCCCUGCCCCUGCCUCCCGAGGAGGAAGAGGAAGAGCCCACAUCUCCUGUCUCUCAGGAACCAGAGAGGAAGUCAGCUGAGCUGUCAGAUCAGGGAAAAACCACAACAGAUGAAGAGAAGAAGACAAAGGGAAGGAAGCGCAAGACAAAAUCAAACUCAAGAGUCGAUGAGUAUCCGCAGAGCAGCAUAUGCCGAGUACCUCCCAAUUACUCACCCAUUUCCUCCCAGAUGAUGCACCAUCCACAGUCCACCUUGUGGGGCUACAACCUCAUGGCUCAGCCCCAGCAGCCUGGCUUCUUCCUUCAGAACCAAUCUCUUACUCCCGGUGGCUCCAGGCUGGACCCCACAGGCUCCUUUGUCCCCACCAAUACCAAACAGGCUCUGUCCAACAUGCUGCAGCGGCGCUCCGGUGCCAUCAUGCAGCCACCUGCCCUUCAUGCCAUCACGUCUCAGCAGCACCUCAUACAAAUGAAGCUCCUGCAGCAGCAGCAGCACCAGCGGCUCCUCAGGCAAGCCCAGGCUCGACCUUUCCAGCAGGACUUCUGUAACUCUGCUGUCUCCCUUCUGGAAGACUUUGACAACAUAAUGGGUCAGCCGGGGGACCAGGCUGCUCUCUUUGCUGCACAAGCACGGCCCUCCCCUCAGCUCCCCCAGUAUCCAGGGCUGCAGCAAGCACAGACCAUGCCCCAGGGCUAUACGAUGUACGGAACACAGAUGCCUCUGCAGCAGACCCCACAGCAGCAGGCUGGCGGUGUGGUUCUGUCGCCCAGCUAUAACUCCAGAACCUAUCCAGCUGCACAUUCCAACCCAGCACUAAUGGAAAGACUCAGACAGAUGCAGCAGCCGCCGAGUGGCUAUGUGCAGCAGCAGGCGUCGCCAUACCUGCAGCCUUUGACUGGCUCUCAGAGACUGAACCAUCAAUCCCUCCAGCAGAGCCCACUGAUGGGCGCAGGAAUGGAUGCUGUGCUCACCGCGGCACACCCAAACCUUCCCUCGGGGCCCCUGGCACAGGACCCGAUGAGACCGCGCCAGCCACAGGUGCGACAGCAGCAGAGGCUCCUCCAGAUGCAGCAGCCCUCACAGCCCCCACAGCCCCAGCCGUCCUCGCAGCCCCAGGGUCAAACCCUUAGUCUCCAAGCGAUGCAGCCCCAGCAGCCUUUGUUUCCCAGGCAAGGUUUGCAGCAGACCCAGCAGCAGCAACAGACGGCCGCCCUGGUGCGGCAGCUCCAGAAGCAGCUUUCUAGUAACCAGCCACAGCAAGGAGUGACUCCCUAUGGGCAUCCUUCACACUUCUGAAGUCUGGAAGAGGACAAGACAUGAACUUUUAAGUUUGCACUGAAAAACGGAAAAUCACAUUUAAUGCAUUAGUCAUCUUUAGAAACGUCCCUUUGUUCUUUCAUUUCUUUGAAGUUUUCCUAUAUUUUAUGCUACAUUUCAUACAAAGGUGUUUAAACCAAAAGCAAAGGAGGAGGUGUGGUUUGGUUUUGUUGCAUUCAACUUGAAAGUAGGUUUGAAAAUGUGGAUCAUGCGGGCCUACUCUGGGGUUUGGUAGGAGACCUUUUGAAAUUGAUGCUUUUCUUCUUCUUUUUUUUUAAUCUCAUCGUUAUAGAAAGAAUGAGUUAUGGUGGAUUUAAAAUAUUUAUGUAUUCAUUAAUGAUGAAGAUUAUUUAUUUAUUUAUUUAUUUUCUUUUCUUUUUUGCAAACUGUGCCGGACCAAACUACUGAUUUGAAAGGCAUGUCAGAUCUUGACAGGAAAGUGACCCGUUUAUUCUGGAUUCACCUUUGAUGGUGAAAUGGACAUUUAUUUGCAUUGCUCUAAUUUGAAAUGUUUGUAAUUUCAUAAGCACUUUAUAAAGUUUGUUUUUAUUUAAGUAGAAGUUUUCUUGGCUUUCGUAGUGGUCAAAAGGUGCUGAAACAGAUUGUUGCUUAGUACUUAAGCUUCUGAGACCAAGAACUUACGCCCAGGCUUCCACAAGAGCCACACUGAGACCUGUAGAAGCCUGUUAGAAGUAGCUGUACUCAAAUUUGUUUUCAGUGGCAAGAUCAUUGACCAGAGUCUUUGUGAAGAUACAACAUGUCAAUUGUAAAGGCCCAAACAAACAACGGUGGAAUUGUUCCAAUAAUUUAUUGCCAGAUUUGGCAAAAAUGACUCUCCAGUUUUGGUUUUCUUGAACCUUAUGCCAACUUGAGUUAAAAGAAAAAAAUCUCACAGCUGGCCUGAGAUUCCUCAGAGCUCAAACUUGACAUGGUUUCCAGAGAAUCUGGCCCCCAAGUCCAGAAACCUCUGGUUUUCAUAAAAGAUGUAUUUGCUGUUUAUUUUGUAUGGUAAGUAUUUGCUAUUUUGAAUUUAAUUGUUAAUGUUGGUGUCCGUCUUGGUUGUGUAUUACGUAUACUGUAUUUAUAAAUUGGUGCAAAAAGCACAAGUAAAGUAAAUUAUACAUCAAAUUUAUUAUAAAGAAAUAGUAACUAUUUUAACUUUGUUCAAGUAUGUGGUAAUUUGCUCCUAUUAGAGUAAAAAACAAAUACAGUAAAUUAUUAUCAGUUUGUGUAACUUAAGAGUAUUCCAUAUAAUAUUUUUUUAGAUUUAGAUGCAUAAAAUUUUGAAUGUGAAAAUUGCAGGGCAUUUUAAAACAUGUGGGGGAUAUUUUCCCAUGUUCUGUGUUAAUUCAUUUUCUUUAGCCAUAUGAUUUUACAUGUAAUGUAGUCACGCAUACUGUGAAUAGAUUUGUCUAUAAUGAGCAAACCAUGUAGAACUACUUUUUUAAAAAUGUAGCUAGUACAACUUUACUAGAUCAUUUCUUUUGCAAAUCAUAGAAAUAAUUCCUAUCUUCCUAGGUGAGUUACUCAUUGCAAAGUUUGACUCAUGCAAACAACCUCAAAUACAUGUCCGCUUACUUUGCUGUGGCAGCAUCCAUGCGAACUGCUCUGUACACUGUGAAACGAUUUCACUCCAGCCUGCUCAUUUUGUGUUUACUCUGGGCUGGGAAAGACUUUGCCAAAACAUUAAGACCAUUCUUUUCACUAAGUUAACAUAUCUGCUUUCAGAAGAUGAAUCUUUACGUUUCAGCUAGUUUUGUAUAUCAGGGGUUUUCUUUUUUUUGUUGUUUCUUUUUUCCUCUCAAGAAUCAUACUUAGAGUUCAUGAAGUUUUUCUUCUUCAAAGUAAUAUAUCCAUGACUGCCAAUGUCACUGCCAUGACAAUGACUGCCUUGGCGAAACAACUGAGUUGGGAAUGUCGUGCCUAGGGAGUGAGUCGUGUUCCAUCCUGGUUGUUUUUAUUUCUUUGCAAGAAUUCUUGGUACUUAACAGACCAGUUUUCAGUUUGAACCAUAUAUUUUUGUAGCUCACUAUUGCAAACAGCAGUAACGCUGUUUCGAGAAUGAGUGUUACAAUCGCAUAGCAUUGGUAUGCACUUUAUAUUUUGCAGAAGUGAAAUUAAUUUAUUGAUCAUUUUGCACACGAAAGCUGUAGGGUAUACCUUUGUUGUUGUUGUGUCCCUCUUUUUUAGGAGAGGAAGCUAGUAAGUCAUGGAAAGGUCCUAUAAUUCAAAGAUUCUAUGGAAAGUUGAGGAAACACCUAAAGCUGGUUUUCCGCUGUGCGUUAUAAAGAAGGCAACUGGGAAUUUUAAUCUAGUCUUAUCACAUUACCUCCCACUUAAUCCUCUAUCCUGAGAGGUUCCCUUCCCCCCUUUUAACAAGUGCAUUAAUUUGCUUUAAAUGAUCGAUCGAAAAGGAAAGCCCUAUCCUUUGACAGAACCUGAUAAUUUGCGUCAUGAGAUACAGGAAAUGGUCUUAGGAUAAAUGGAAACCUCCAUUCCCCUUAAAGAUAAGACUGUGAAAUAUUAGGUUGGUGCAAAAGUAAUUGCAGUUUAAAAGGUUAAAAAUAAUAGCAAAACCCACACUUACUUGUAUGCCAACCUAAUAGAAUGCAGUUAGAUACAAUAAGCCCUGAGACAUACCUGUUUACACUGCAGACUUGUUCCUGGUAGAGUUGCAUUUGUUCUUUUAUUUACUCCCCUUGGCCCAGGAGUAGAGGGAGAACUGUUAGAAUAAGAGUCCUUUCACCUCUUGCUGCCUGAGGACAUCAGACAUAGUGACAAUCACGUCACCUCUCAUGGGGCCAGCUUAAAGUUGGUGUGAUGAAAGCACAAUGAGGAAGUGAGCGCCCUCGUGUCACACAUGAUCGCCAGGGGCUAACAUAGCUCUCGGUUUUGUGUACUGAGGUAUCUGAGCAAGACGUGUGGCAUUUUCUUCUUCUUUUUCACUUAUUAAGGCUCCUAUAAUUUUUCUUAAGUAAUAGGUGAAUAUUUGAAUAGAUGCUGGAGAAAUUACACUGGGAAAUCCCACCCUCUAGAAUUAGAAAAGAUGAAUCAUAAUGUCCCUCAGAUUAAUUCAGGUUGAAUUAAGCAUGUAAUAUAAAUAAAUUCAGUAAACUACAAAAAGCAACAUUUUGUGAACAAAUUUUAUGUGCAAUGAAACUUCAUUAUAUAUAUUAGAUCUAGAUUUUUUUCCCCAAACAUUUACCUAUUGCAAAACAGGAUUAGCCCUUAAUGAAAUAAAAUGCUCAUAAAGCAAUGGUUCGUCAGAAAAAUUUCCUUAUAAAAAGCUCCAAACCAGGGGUGUCUGAGCUAGAGUUUGAAGUUCUAAAGAAGUUUCAUUGCAUUUUUAAAAUCUUUUCAAUGGGUUAAUUUGGACAAAGAUGUAAUCAGCCCCCAUUCACUUUUUAUGAUGUACAGGAGGUGAUAGUUGCUUUUUACACGUGGAAAAGUUAGUCUGCAUGUAUUUUUAAUGCAGUUAUUAAAACAUGUUUGUAUUUCCCAUCAAUGAAAAUUUUCAGAAUGCACAAAAUGAUGGAUCAUAAUCAAAACAGUUCAGUGAUUUAUUUUCUGUAGAUUUUAGUAAAAUAUUUAUAAACCAACUACAAAAUAUUUUUACAUCAAAAUGGCAAAUUUACAUCAAGACUGCAAAUUUAAUCUUUUGCAUUGUCUCUGUUCUCAGUGCCAUGCUUGUAACAUUGAUAAAAGGUGGACACUAGGCAACUGGUAGUGAAAGAAAAAACUCCA